AUGCCAUCCGAGACCCCGACAGAUCUGUGGCUUGAGCGAUCUCGUCUCGACGGAAUGAUGUUAGGAGCAGUAUCCUACGGCGGAUUCUUUAUCCUUACUGUACAAGCCGCAGCUGCUCUCAUACAAUGGCCUCGACAUGGGAGGAAGAUUGCAGAUCACCGCUUAACUCUACUUGGCUACAUCUUGAUCACUUUUGUAUUGGGGACUGUAGGCUUCGCUGCGAACGCGAAAUACACAGAGAUGAUCUGGAUAGACCUUCGUGAUGCGCCUGGUGGGCCGGUCGCAUUAAUUGAAAAUGAAGUGGCUUACCCUAUCAAUAUUGUGGCGAUUUCCUGUUACUUCGUCAUGGAGUGGUGUAUGCAAGCCUUGCUUAUUCACCGAUGUUGUGUGAUAUGGAAUUGGGCAAGAUGCGUGAUAAUCCCGAUGUCCACCAUCUAUAUCGCCAUGAUUACAAUGUCCAUUCUCGUCUUGAUCCAGUCGAGUGCCGGCGUCAUAUGGUACAAUAUCAAUGUCCAGCUUGCCUACCUCUGCAUCGAAGUGGGGCUCAGUGUGAUCUAUACCGUUCUCGUGACGAAUCGCUUGCUCGUCAUGCGAGGCCUGAUGAGGCAGGUCAUGCAAGAACAAGAAUAUUCUAGCAUCUACAAUACCAGCAUUCUCAUGGUCAUCGAAUCCGCUAUGCUAUACUCUGUUUGCGCCAUUAUUUACAUAGUUUCCUUCGCUCUGCAUAGUAAUAUUACCAAUCUAUGUUUCCUGUCUAUUAGCCAUGUCCAGGGCAUUGCCCAGUUACUCAUUAUUAUCCGUGUAGCACGGGGGCAGGCAAUUACAUGCGAGCUGUCAUCCCCGGUUGCUGUUGUGUCUACGUGUAUAACGUUCUCGGGGACUGCAUCGGACGCACCAGAGGGAACCAAUACUGAGCGAGUAGCUAGGUCUGAGCAGGACAGUGUUCAGUUGCAUUCUGUUGAUGUCGACUUUGUGUAG